CUUUAGAGGAAAUAUUAACCACAGAGUAACUCCGAGUGACCAGUCCGAAGAAAAGUUCAAUUCUUGGCUCCAUAAAUGUCGAACAUAUUUGACUCAAUCUAGGGCUCAAUGUCUUAAAAUAGCUCAGCACGUGGAGCAACGUUUUGAACAAACGUUUCAAGUUCUGGGCACUCAUAGCCAGCAGUUUUUAAAUCAGAAAAAGAAAAUUCUUAAGGAAUGAAAAAAUCAGCUUUCGCCGGCAGUUAUCACAACCUAAUGUGGUCUUCUUAAAGCAAUUUCAAUAUUAGACUUUAUUUUGAAAUUUUAACAACAUUAUGCCAAAUGACCAUUAUGCCAAAUGGUCAUUAUGCCAAAUGACCGUUAUGCCAAACGUCCAUUAUGCCAAACGGCAUUAUGCCAAACGGCGUUAUGCCAAACGGCAUUAUGCCAAAUGGCUUUAUGCCAAAUGGGAUACACCCAAACAAACCUUGAUUAUCUCAAUUCCAAAAAAGUCUUUUGUUGUUUUGAAAAAUCUGCUUUGACGUUUAGCGUUGAUUCAACAAAAAUCAUGAUAUUCAAAUCAACAUAAAGUUUUGUUGAUUCAAAUAUGCCUUAUUUUUCUGCGUGUAACUAUUUUGACAGCUGGAAAACCCGCCUUACCUUACUAAUCUACAUACCUUGACACUAGCACACCAUUUGAUUUUGCUUGCUGACAAAAUUUAACCUCACUUUUUUUUUCGUGUACGUACCAAGGGAAUGAUUGAUCGAGGAAUAUUAAAUAUCCGCAUAAAUAAUUUCAAGAGGUUCAAAAUUAAAGAGGACCAAUAAGGCUCUUAACUGCUUAUUUAUUUGUCGGUGUAGGACGCCGCACUAUUUAAUAAUUUUCUGGCGCAUAUUGAAAUCCAUCCAUCUUUUUAAAAUUUUCUUUUCUUGAUUUGUGUGCACCUUCGUCAAAAACCAAGAUUGUUUACUUUUUACUCUUUGGUCUGACAGCUUUAUCAUGGAUUUUGGUCUGGUUUAAGCGAGGGACAGGACACAGCAACCUCCUGAGGCUGAAGAUGAAAUAAAAAGCCUUAUAGACAAAAUAAAAGUUCUGCUUUCUGAGAGUGACGAGUCUUCUUUCUAUUGCAUAAAAUUCCUGUUGCCUAUUCUUAUUACGAAUUCUUGCGGCCGCAACAAAAUAAUGGAAUACAUAAUGGCCGCAAACAACUUAUUUGAGCCACUGAAGAAAAUUCUUAGUGAUCCCACCCAAAGACUUAAAUAUGGUAAUGAUAUUGUGAUACUUCUGACUCUUUUGCGAACCAUCAGGUCAACUAUAGAAAAAGUGAUAGAACCAAUCCGUAUGCUGUGCAGCUUUCGCUUUUGGACGAUGAAUUUGCGUUGCAUGGAUUUGGACAAAUCAUAUCGACUACCUUAUUCGAAUUUAUUCGAUUGCAAUCAACUAACGACGUAACAACUCACAACAAUUCCUGGAUUAGUUCAUUUUCAUCUAUAGUUGGAAAUAUUUUUUUAUCGGAAGAAAUCGAUGGAAAAUCUCAAAAUAUUCGUCUCUCUCUUUCACACCUCACCUCUGAUGUCGUUCAUUCGGACUGUUUUGUGCAGUGAUUGGAUGGUCCAACGUUCCGCCACUGUAGGCCAUCAUGAUUUUGGAAGUGGCACUAUCUAGGCGGAUGUUGCACACCCUAGCUCUUUUCAACGUAUUUUAGUUUGAAUAUUUACACACGUUUUUCAAUGCUGUUUGUUCAAUGAUGUACAUAAGUUAUACACUCAACCCACGGUGGUUGGUCACUUUUUCGUUUGACACUUUUUUAGUUUGUACCCCGUUGGUUGGUCAAAGUCAAACUAAAAAGUGACGAACUGACACUUUUCAUACGGCGCUCACACACACUAUCAAAAGAAACGUUUGGUAGUGUGUGUGAACUCCGUGUAAAAGGGGUGUCAAACUAAAAAGUGACCUCGUUCGUUUGACAACAGUUGGUGUCAAACCAUCGGGGUUUGAGUGUAGAACGUCCAUGAUCGAAGGGGAGAUUUCACGAAAUUGAUAACGCCGAUGUGGUUAGUUCACGAGGUGGUCACUCCAAAUAUAUUGCAUUUAUUUCAUAAGUUAAUCCGUAUGUGCAUCCAUAUUUACGUGCAUACCCCAUUCCUCUAUGAAUUUAAUUUCAGUGUUUUUCACAGUUGUCAUCGCAAUCGCGCGCACUGUUUACAAACAACAAAAAAAUCAAUCUGUUUCUAUUACAUUUCCCGGCCGGGAGAUUCGCUGGCGCUCUAUUAUCAUCUGGAAUUCCAUGGACCAGCAGCUUCGUCGUAGUAAAUCCGUAUUUUCCAUUGUUUUGUGUUGAAUUUAGUGCGGGUUCCGGACUCAGUAAGGCACCAGCAAGCGAGAUGGUGGUAACCCAGGAGGACAAGUCAUUCGAGCUGCUGGACGUGGACCCUCAGGAGACGGAGGACGACGGGGCGGUGGUGGUGCUAUACACCAAGCGGAAGGGCAAGCGCACCGUCAUCAAGACUUCGACACAGCAGACGUACUUUUUGCCCGUGUUUGGCCUGGUUGAACCGGAGAAACUCAAGCCGGGUGAUUUGGUGGGCGUAAAUAAGGACUCGUACCUCAUCCUGAAGACACUUCCGGCCGACCGAGCAGUAUUCGGACAUUGGCGGGUUGGACAGGCAAAUCCAGAAAUUGAUUGAGGCCGUCGUGCUGUCGAUGACGCUCAAGGACAAGUUCAAGAACCUGAGAAUUCAUCCACCAAAGUCGAUCUUCCUGAAGCUGGCCGGCCUGUAGCUGGUGCAGAUGUUCAUCGGAGACGGUUCCAAGUUUGUCUGGGACGCGUACGCACUGGCGCAAAGUCCCCGGUGGUUACUUCCUGCAAGCAUCUACGCUGCAGACCACUAUGGGCCAUCUCCAUACAAACAGGCGGCCAAAUUAUUUUUUUGCUUUUUAAAUGUUUUUUUGAUACAAAUUUAGGUAAUUGUAUGGUAUUGAAAUGAUAUACGUCGAUUUUUAUGACUUUUCAUGUUUUUCAAUAGUUGAUUGUUUAUAAUAAAUAGUCUUUUCAUACAUUUGCAAGUGAAACAGAAUUGCAUAUAUAUUAUAUUGCAAGUUUAUAUUAUUAAAUUAUGGAUAAGCUCCCCCCCCCCCACUUUAAGGACACAACCCCUCCCUCCUCUUUCUUUCACCCCCCCCCCCUCUCCUCCUCCCCAACCAACAAAUUUUUGUUAAGCGUAAUAAAUUCAUUUUAAGUCAAAUAUUUAUUAUUUCCUGCUGUGUUUCUUUUUGUGAGUCCAUGCCGUAUAACUUGAGACCACCCCCCUCCCCCCCUCCCACCCUUAUGGGCAUAAAUUGCGAAUAUUUUAAUUGUUAAAUCAAAUAACAGAAAAAAUAAUUUUAUCCAAAAUAUUAAUUAUGAAGUAAAACGAUAAAAUACAAACCAUAUUCUUAAAAUUCAUUUGAUUAUAGAGUUUGUGACAGCUUCAGGAUAUGUUAAAGGUACUUUUUAUGAUGUUUUGUACUAACCAACAUAGAACUUAAAUGUGGAUCAGUUUCAUGGAUUGAUCGCAGAAAUUCAUCAUGCUAAGUCAACAUUUUGCUGAAUACUUUUUUCGGUAUCAAACUGAUGGUACGUUCGUUUGAUGGCUAGUUCGGCACUGAGUGCCGCACUCAGAGCUGUCAAAGUGUUUUUUUGAAGAAACUCGCUCGAGUUCGGCACGAGUUUCACCGCCAUCUUGGAACUGAAAGUGCGAGUGCCGCACUCGAUUAUUUUCUAGUUUCGUGCGAGUUUCUCGCACACCAACAAACGAUGUUUGUAAACAUCAAAAUCAGCUGUUCAUUCAAAACAAGCUGAUUUUGUUGAAGUUUUCGAUUCGAGGAAUGAUUCGCAUGGAGAAACUUCGCGAUUGGUGGACAAAUCGGAAAAUAAUUGUAUUUGGGUGGCUAAGCGCUUUGUUCGAAGAGGAAACCAUCCCAUAGAAGCAAGUUCUGCCGAUGUACGUCAAGAAGGAAUACAAGCGAUGCCGUUUUGGGGAACGAUUUCUUCCGGACGGACGACGACAGGUCAAGAUUCGCAAGAAGGGCAGCUAGGCACUCGAUCGUUCCUUCCGGAAAAAUGCAAACAGCACAGUGAUUACAAAAGUCAACGGUACAAGGGCAUCAUCAAGCCUACCAACUCUUCGAACCGGAAGGAAUGCCUGAGUGGAUGAUCCUGCAGGGACUAUUGCUGAAUAUGAUGCUGAUGCCAUCAGGACACACUCCGAACUGGAACCUGGAAAGCAUGUUGAUGCUGAACGGCAGGGACUGCCGCUAAAUUUGAUGCUGGUACCAACCUGGAACCUGAUGGCGAACAUGCUGACGAGCUGGCCGAGUGCGGAGCUACGAUCGAAGGAUAAUCACGGACGUUCUCGGCGAUUUUAACGAACAGGUUAACCAAUAAAACCAGAGAAAGUGCAACAUUUUGUGUAUUUUGUGAAAUGUAUUGUGUGAUAUUAGAUCAGUAAAAAAAUGAAGAAAAUAAAAUAUUCUACAAGCUACUUGAAAUACUUUGCGAUAGUAAAGUCGACUUUCCCGCUGUGGACACAGUCGGGAUGAACCAGCCAAUUAUGGUCCCGGGACAAAGGUAACUCGAUUUAGCGAAGUAUUCAAGUCCGUCUUCUGUAGUAUUUUAUGGCAAAACCAAACCUAUAAUUAUAAAAUUUGAUCAAAAAAGCCGAAAAUACAAAACAUUAAAAAAUGUCAAGGCAAAAAUAUUAAUAAAUUCCAUAAAUUUACGAAAAUCCAAACAUUUAAAAAGACCAAGAAUUUAAAAAAACACAAAACUCCAAAAUUAUCUAGAAAUUACAAAAACGCAAAAAAAAAUUACACAAUCCAAAAAAAUUCAACAUUCCUAAAAUCCUAAACCUCUUGAAAGAAAAAAAUGUGAAACAAAAUUCUACAAAAGCUUUGAAUACAAUUUGAGUAGCCAGCCUUAUAUACUCUUAACAUUCUAAAUUUCCAUAAAAAAUAUAAUUUAAAAAUUCCUAGAAUUCUUAAUGAUUCGUUAACUAAUAAUUUUAAAAAAAAUCUAGAAAUUUCAAUACAAUAUAAAUUCCUAAAAUUUCCUAAAGUUAAUUAACAGUUUUUAAAUGUAAUCAUUAAAAUAAAUUUAAAAAAAUUAUAACAUUUUUAAUUUUUUUCCAGAUUUUUUAAUUUUUAUUAAAUUCCUCAAUUUCCGAAUUUUACAAAAUUUUAUAUAAUUCCUAAAACAGAAAGUGGGAAAUAAAAAAAAAUAAGUUACCCAAAUUCCCAAAACUUCCGAUAAUCCUUAAUUAGGAAACAAACAAAACUCUCAAUUUCCUCAAAUUGAAUAAAUUUUGAAAGAAUUAAAGCAAUCAAGAAAUUUCAAAAGUUCUAAGAUUUCUGAAUUUCCUGUUUUUUUUUAAUUCCACAGAUUUUCUCAAAUUCUCUAAGUUUUUUUUAUAUUCCUUGAAAUCCUGAAAUUUCUAAAAUCUCUGAAAUUUCUUAACUAUUAUAAUUUGUAUUUUUUUUUGUAAUUUGUUGUUUUAUUGGGCACGUCAACUUGUUAGCAUAACACUUUAUAUCAAGUCAAGGAAGAAACAACAGGAGGUUAUAAAAGAUCCAAAGAUAAAAGUUAUUAAAAAAAUUAAUUCCGGAAAUAUUUAAUAUUCUUAAAUUCUAAAUAAUAGAAUUAAAAAAAUUACAGAAAGACUUAAAAAAAUUUGUAUUUAAAAUGUAAAAAAAAAUAAUAUUCAUGAAAAAGUAUAAUAUUCUAUUUUAAUUUAUAAAAAUAAAUUUAUAUAGAAAAUUGUACUAUUUUAAAGAAUAUUGAAUAUAUUUUUUUAUUUGAAAAAAAAUUAACUUUAAAAACUCUAGGAAUUUUUAGAAAUGUUGAAGUUUUUGGAUUUUUCUGAAAUAAAAGAAAUUUAUGGGAUUCCCGAAAACAAAUUUCUGUUAGAAAUUAUUGUUUUUUUUUUUAGUUUUACGGAGUUUUUACAGAUUUUGAAAUUUAGGAGUUUUAAAAUAUUCUAGAAUGUAAGAAUUUGCAGAUAUCUGGAAUUUUAGUAUUCAAAAAAAAAAUCUGGACUGUAAGGAAAUUAAGAGUUGUAAGAAUUCUAGGAAUUGAUGGAAAUUCAGGGAUUAUAGGAUAUUCAGGAAUUCAAGCAAGAACGAUUUUUUCGCAAUUUCAGAAUUAGAAAUUUCCAGAAUUUUCAAACUUCUUGAUUUUGAAUUUUUUUUUUUAAAUUUUAGCAAUUUGAAGAGUUUUUAGAUUUUGAAAAUUUAAAAAAAAUCUGGGUUUUUUUUUAUCUAUUAUGGACUUUUAGAGUUUUUUUUGUAUUUCUGAAAUCUUAAAAUUCCUAUUUUUUAUAAUUCAGAAAUUCCAGAAAAUCCUUAAAUUUAUAAAACUUAUAAAAUAAAAAAAAACAUCAAAAAUAAUUAAAAUAAAAUUUAAGGAUUCGAGAUUUUUUAAAAUUCUUCAUAUCUAAAAUUUUCUAACAAUUCGAGAUUUCAUGAAAAAUUCAGGAAUUUUUAAACCUAUUCUUUAAAUUUCUAAAUUUCCUAUCAUUCCUAAAAUCUAUAAAUCUUCUGAAACUACUUAAAUUCCAAACAUUGAAAAAGAUAUAUUUUUUAUGAUUUUAUUUAUAUUUUAAUUCAAAAAUAUUUGAAUCGUUUGAUGAACUUUGAUUUUUUUUAAAUUCCACAAAGUUUCAGGAAUUUUGGGAAUUUGAGGUAUUUUUGGAAUUGAUGUAUUUUAGAAUUUUGGAAUUUGGGAGUGGAAUUGUAAAAAAAUCAGUUAUUUGUAGAGUUUUAGGAAUUCCAGUGAUCUUAGGAUUAAAAGAAUUUGAGAAAUUUUGAAAUUUUAUAAUUUUCAAAUAUUCUGAAAACUUUUGAAGUUUUAAAAAUUUCUGGGUAUUUUUUUGGCAUUGAAGAUAUUUCAGGAAUUUAAGAGAAGAAAAUUCUGUUUUUAUUGGAAUUAAAAGUGUUAAUGGAAUUGUAGAUAUUUUGUUACAAUUGGAUGAAUUCCUGAAAUUUAAGAAUUUUUAAAUUUCUGGUAAUUAGAAAUUUUAGUAAUUCGAGUUUUUGGUAUUUUAGAUAUUUUAGGAAUUAAAAAAAAUUAAACUGUAGUCAUUUUUAAAACUUACGGAAUUGUAGUGAUUUCAGAAAUAAUUAUCUAUGAUUUUUUGAAAUUCAUGUUAGCAAUUUUAGGAAUUUUGAUUUUUUAUCGAUGUUUUGAAAUUAUUAAAGUUUAAGAAACUAUAAUUUUUUUUGAAUUCUACAGUUUUGUAGAAUUUCUGGAUUGUUUAGAAUUGCAAGAGUUCUUCGAUUUUUUUAAGUUUAAAAAUAAUUUAGAAUUUAUUUGCCCUCUUUUGGAUAGCAUUGAAGGUUUGUUGAUUUUAUUAAUGGAACUUUAACCAUAAGGGGCUUUCGCCCCCGUAGCGUUAUUUCAACUCGUUGGCAAUUACCUUAUCCAACAAUUUCAUUAAAUAAUCAUAAAAGUCUAACAUUACGUCUAAAAUUUAUUAUUUUAUUUUACAAAUGAAAAUAUUUUAUAAACAAUUAUAUUUGAAAGUUUAAUACAAUUUAUUUGUUAUUUAAAAAAAGCUUCAACACAAACUUCUUCCAUAUUGAACACAAAACUAAAAACAUUUUUUCUAUGAAGUGAAAUCAACUUGAAAACCGAUUUGCUAAAAAAUAGGAAUAUUUAUGAAAGCACUUGAAAUGUUACCAAAUGCAAUCAUGAUUUUAAUAGUAAUAUAUUUUACUAUUAAUUUCUUCUCCUAAUGUUGAAAUGCAGUAAGUAUGUUUCUUUAGAAGCAAUGCCCAAGCCUUGGACCAUCCGAGCAGAUUGAUGGUCUUUUUUGAGAGAGUGGUUUGUUGGUGCGUCGUUGCCGACCCGGUACACCGUCAGAUACACGUCGUUGAGUUUGAGUUAAGAGGUUCUGUUGGUGAGGGAUUCUUCCACACGAUGACAUUGUUCCCGCAACGAGCGGCCACCAAUAAUCGCCUCCGCUUGUGAUCCACACCGGCUUGGUAGGUUGACCGUGAUCGACUCCGGCAAAAACGAACGUUUGCCACUGAAGAAGAAAUCGUUGUUUUCAGAACCAAUGGCGCCGGAUCGAGCGCCGGAUCUUGUGGCCAAGAUGUUGUAGAACGGUGAAUGGCCUACUCUGACCUAACCUGAGUUAAAAAAAUGCACAAUUUUAAUAGGAUAAAAAUAUAAUUGCUUUUGAUACUUAUCUCUAGCUCGAUGUUAAAUUCGCAACGAUUCAAUUUAAACUGACGUUUUUAAAACCAAAACAAAACCCCAAGCACGCACACAAGCAUAAAAACUCAGAGCAAAUCUGAACCGUUCGUUUGAACCAAAACUGGCACUCGACGAGUGCGGCACUCAAAGCCGCACCGGCUUUUCAAACGAACGUACCAUGAGAUUCUCCAGUUUCGCUUGAGAAACUUCGGUACGAAUACCUCAUUUUGACUAAGGUACCGUAAACCGGGGUGACUUUGAUAGGAUUUCAAUUUGUUUUUAGAAUAUUUUUCAACAGGUAAGGUUUUUCUCAAGAUUAUUCUUUUUAAAACAUGUACUGGGGUAGGCCACACAAAGUCCAUGCACAAUUUUGGAAAAAAAGUUUUUUCAAUUGUGUUUAGAAAAAUAGUUACGUUAAAAAUUCUUAGUUUUAAUUCCGGGGUGACUUUGAUAGUCAUAGUUUUUCUUGUUAAAAUCAUAUUUAAGAUGUUCAAACUUUAUUUGUACGUUAAAUGUACCAUCACUAAAGUAGCUGAUAUAGUUUGCAAGAAAAAAAAUCAAUGUUUAUGUUAAGUUAACUAUGUUUAUAAGCUUUUUAACUAAAUACAUAUAAAUUUUAGGUAAAAUUGUUAAAAAGUCGGAAUUUUGCCUGAAAUUUGUUAAAACUAGUUUUGUUUAUAAAAUUAUCGAUUUAUAUUGCAUUUUAUACUGAAUUCGAAGCACGAAUCACAAGUUUUCACAUUUUACAUGAAAUUUGUUCAACUAAAAAUGCCUAUAAAUUUGAAGUUUUUUUUUAAACUGUGUUUCAAAAACAGAUAAUAUUUAUUAUUUACAAACUUAUUAAACCUUCUCCUAGUGGAAAAUUGUCCAAAGAAUCCAAAAAUGCAUUUCGUUUUCCGAUUAAAAAUCAUGAUCAUUGAGAAAAUUAUGACACUUUGAGAAGUUUAAAAUAAUGACUUCCAUCAACAUUUUCUUAACUAUAGUUAACUAACUUUAUAAACCUUUCAAAAAUUUAUGAAAAGUUCUUCUUGAGGUACUUUGAACACUUCUCUACCACGGUCAGUAUGUUUCUGAACCAUUCCUUACGUAUUUUAAUUGUACUCUUCAUUUUGCGGAAAAAUCGCAAACCUAUCAAAGUCACCCCGGCUAUCAAAGUCACCCCGUUUUACGGUACUCAAUUUUGAAUGUAGGCAACAGAAAAUUCCAAUAAAGUCAUUUCGAACUUCUUGAAACCAGGUAUUGAUUUUUGAAGCGACGAUGCCCACGAAGUAUGUAGCAAAGCAAGUGAAAUAAACGGGCGCAUAUGUAGAUUGCAGCAAAUUUUGAUAAAACGUAAAUGUUCAAAAUGGCAUAUCUCCGAAAACGCAAAAAAUCGCAGGCUGGAAAUUUCAGCAAUGUUAGCUUAUGAUCCAAUCUUUCAAGUGAUCUUAGUUUCAUAUUUAGCAUCGGUUAGCAAAAAAAGUACUCGAUUAACAAACACAAAAAAAUAAGUUUUGUCAAAAACAUGCUUCAGUUAUUCAAUGAAAACUUCAGUUUUUGGUUUGGAAACAACAUUUUAUCUAUUAAUAGUUUCAAAGGUUAUCUCAUUACCUUUCCAACGAUGUAUAAUUGUCCUAAUAAAAUAUUUAAAAUGGCUGAGCUAUGUUAAAAUUAAACAAUCAGCCUUUUUUACGAAAAACGCUUGUUUUUUACUCCAUUUUUUUGACUUUCAGCUUGCGUAUCUCCGUAAUGAACAAACUUAGAGCUUUGAAAAUUUGGAUUUUUCUUAGUUAGAAUGUUUACUUUCGAGAAAAAAAUACCAUAAAAUAUUUGGAGAAGGUCACUUUUUUGAAACUUGGCCACCCAAUGUACCAUAGUGCAGACGCAUCUAACUGUUGUAUAUGAAUGUUUUAAACUUAUUUGACCCUUAUCUUGGAAUUUCUUUUUAUUUGUGAACUCAGUUUUUUUGUAUGUUAGAUAUGAUGAAAAAAACGAUAUUGACCGCACCCUCCUCUCCCAUCUCCCCCCCCCCCCAUGCGACAACUCGUUGGGUUGCGAACAGGUGCACCGCAAAUUAUUUGCCGAAUUUGUCAUUUGUCUGACAUGGCAUUGAGCGAUGACAAAGUCUUUCUUCUUGGAGUUGAUGCAGUUACAGAAUCUUUGGGUCCAGAACUUCCACGAUCUUGAUGUUGUCCACCAAACUGCUCGGAGUCACGAUCAGAACCCGCUUUAUCAAAGCGUAGAUCAACGCCAACGUCUGCAACGUAUUCCCCAGUCUCAUCUUGUCGGCCAAAAUUGCUCCAAACUGUUCCGAGUCUUUGCGUUUCAUUCUGUUAAGGCGCAGGUCAAAUGUGACCAACCAAAUUUUCUCGUGUCCAACAAAUCGAUCAAUGAUCGCGAUCACGCACACACUAAUUAGCACACAUUAGCCUACAUAAUUGGCCUGCGGCCCUUUUGUUUUAAGAAAUCUAUCAUUCCAAUAAAGCCUAUCGAGGAGAGUACAUCGAGAACUCUAUCGCGAACAAUAAAGUCAAGUGCACAUCUCGUCGCGCCUUUUUGUACUACCCAAGCCGUACUUUUUUAGUAGUUUUUGAUCGCGACUAGAACCGCGGAAAGAAAUCAAACGAUCACUUUAAGCCACCUACAAUCCGGCGAAUCAGUGCACAAACAUUUUUUUGGUCCUUCGAGGACCGGAUUGUAACAACCGUGAUGUAACCGGAUUGUAACAAUCGCCGAAAAAGUGAUCUUGCUGGUGACGCUAUCACCGAACACGUUCCUGAUUGAUUGCUGUGGCCCUCUUCGACGUCGAUCUCCAGCAUCGGCGUGACCUGUUCCUGCCUCGUCGUGGGACACCGACGGCCUGCAGCAUCUUCGAGACGCCCGUGGAGCACAGUGAAGGAGCAUCUACGAACGAGAUCAAGCCAUCCUCCACAACGCGCGCUCGGCGGCGUCGCUCGGGUAUAGCACAAUAGGCUGGUAGCGUGAGUACACCCAGAAGGGAAGUGCUCUUUUUUACUACAAAAACUAAAAGUUGAAUGCGAAAUUCGAAACAUUAGUGAUUUUGGGAAAAAUUUGGGAAAAUUGGACAUUGGAUUUCCAAAUAAAACGUGGGAUUGCGACUUCUACAAAAUGGCGUCGCUUCGUGACCUUUUCAAAUUUGAGCGUGGCCUUUUCGACUCACUCGCCAAUUUGGAGGAUUUCGUAGAAAAUUUCGAUGCGAAAGGAGACGCACCGAAGGUUGAAUCUCGUCUGGAGCGACUGGAAACGGUUUUCAAGGAUUUUAUGGAAAAUCGGGCCAGACUUGAGUCGAAGCAUGAACAAGAUUUAAGUUCGGCCAGCGAACCCAAAGACCCCGAAGCAAAGGAGAAGAAGCAGCAAGCACGAGAAACAAACAAGGUGACCAGAUUGGAUUUCGAAAAUCGUUAUUUGGACCUCAAGGACUUUCUGGUCUCGAAGCGUGUUAAACCGACUGCUGAAGCUUCUUCCCUUGCCCCUCCGCCCUGCCAACCCCUCUCCUCUCGAUUUCAACUCCCAUGUUUUAAAAUCCAAUCCUUUGACGGUGAUCUAACUAAAUGGAUGAGCUUUCGUGACGCGUUCAAAAGUGUGAACGACAAGGACCCGUCGCUGUCAGGUGUGGAUAAGCUGAAUUACCUUCGCUCGUUGGUUCAGCUUGGUGCCAACACAAUCGUGGAAGGAGUGGAUGUGAAUGAAACCAACUUUGAUGUCACGUGGGACCUGCUGACACUGCGGUACGAGAACAACAAACUCAUCUCCCGCGCGCUGAUGGACGACCUGUUGGACACCGAACCGAUCAAACGAGAAUCCUACGAAGCACUAAGCACCCUUAUCGACUCGUUUGAACGCAACCUGAUGCAGCUGAAGAAGCUCGGACUCAAGACGGACGACGACUGGUCACCUAUACUUGCACACUUGCUGUAUAGUCGUUUGGACACGGACACACAACGCCGCUGGGAGAACCACCACAAGUCGCGAGAAGUACCCGAUUACAAGGAGAUGCUCAAAUUUCUUCAAGAUCACCUAACCACGCUUCAGCCACUGGUCAACAAAAAGCCACGUGUGCAGGAGCAUCGCCAGGAAGCUAGCAAACCAACCCCCAAGACGAAGUUCGGUUCUACGCUCACGACAACAACAAGCUCCCAGAUCAAAAGUUGUCCAUUUUGUCAAAACACACCCACUCUCCUUUCAAAUGCGAAUCCUUCCUCAAGUUGAAUCCCUUCCAGAGGUACGAGUUAGCCAAGAAAAUUGGGCUUUGUUUUAAUUGCCUCAAUCCUUUCCAUUUGGCACGGGCUUGUCCUAGCUCAGCAUGUCGCGUUUGUGGUCAGCGACACCACACCAUGCUCCAUCGUCGGUCACCAAACACACCAAAUCAGGAGCUCACGUUGUCGCAUUACACUACAAACGCCCAGUUCCAGACCCAGCCCAGUAGAGCCUCAAUUUCCCAAUCGCAAUCGCAAACCUCCGCUCCGCCUAUGCUACGCCUAUGCUAUGCUACCUCCGAUCAACCCUCGUUGUCGCUAGAUGCUUGUACGCCGAACAAUGCCAACGUUGUUUUCCUCUCGACGGCCGUGGUCAAGAUCGCAGACUCUCAUGGGAACACUUACCUCGCUCGCGCGCUCCUGGAUUGCUGUUCGGAGCGGAAUCUCAUGAGUGAACGUCUGGCGCAGAAGCUGGUUCUUCGCAGGCAGAAUGACCCGCUGUCGCUAAAAGGUGUUGGUUCCAGUCAAGCUGUUUCGAAGCAGUCUACGUUGACCAAGAUUCUCUCUCGGUGGACAGACUACUCCAUUGAUCUGAAGUUCCACAUUUUGCCGGAGUUCAAGCCCAUUGCUCCGUCGGACUGUGUGCAGACCAAGACUUGGACGCACCCAAUACCAUCGUCGUUGUUCCUCGCCGAUCCUCGCUUUUUCGAACCAAACCAAAUAGACUUGAUCAUCGGCGCUGAAGUUCACUACCGUCUCUUGCUGAAUGGUUUCAUUGAUCUUGGACCGAACCUACCCAUUCUCAAGGAGACCGGCUUUGGUUGGAUCGUGUCGAGCAAGUGCAGCACCUCGUCCAGACCAUCGUCGCUCACUAUGGUCUGUAGCAACCCAGAUCUGGAGAAACAAGUAGCUCGUUUUUGGGAGUUAGAGUCGUGCCAUUCAGAGAGCGUUCUUUCGGUGGAAGAAAAGCAGUGUGAGGAGUACUUCGCAAAAACAACAAUUCGGGAUUCUACUGGUCGCUUUGUCGUACGUCUGCCCAAGAAGGAAGCUGUAUUGGAGAAAUUGGGCGAGUCACGUGCGAUAGCUGAGCGUAGAUUCCACUACAUCGAGCGUCGAUUGCAAAGCAAACCCACACUUGGAGAGUCGUACGCAGCAUUCAUCAGGGAAUACGUAGAUCUUGGGCACAUGUCGGUAGUUGAUCCUUGUAACGAUGCUCUUACAGCCCAAGCUAAACCGUACUACAUGCCACACCACUGUAUCGAACGACCGGAGAGCACCACUACCAAACUACGCGUCGUCUUCGAUGCUUCGUGUGCGACUGACACAGGUAUCUCCCUGAACGAUGCCCUCGCAGUUGGACCUGUUGUACAAGACGACUUGUUCAGCCUGAUCUUACGCUUUCGCCUCGAGCCGUUCGUGUUGGUAGCAGACAUAGAAAAGAUGUACAGACAGGUGUUAGUACAUCCCGACGAUCGGCAUCUCCAGCGAAUUUUGUAUCGAGAAAGUCCUACUGAACCACUACAGACGUACGAGCUUCGGACGGUAACGUACGGCACUGCGUCCGCACCCUUUCUCGCCACCCGCUGUUUGAAACAACUCGCUCUGGAAGAAGAGCACAGAUUCCCUGAGGCGGCAAAGGUGUUAGCAAUCGACUUUUACAUGGAUGAUCUACUUUGCGGGGUGGCAACGGCAAGAGAAGGGAUUGAACUCAGCCGUCAGCUUAUUGAGCUUCUCGGGUCGGCCGGCUUUAAGUUGUGUAAGUGGGCUUCAAACAGCUCCACAAUCAUCCAAAACAUCCCGGCUGAACUUCGCGAAAACCGCAGUGAGUUCGAAUUAGAUUCGUCGUCGGCGCCGAUCAAGACCUUGGGACUGCUGUGGCAACUAGCGGACGAUGUGUUCCUGUUCAAGGUUCCAAUUUGGGACGUUCGAGUGCCAAUCACCAAACGUCUGGUUGUAUCACACGCAGAAAAAUCCGAUUGUAAACCUAGCAAAAUGUUGGGUGCAUCCCACAAACAGGAUUGUCAUCUCAGGGCCAGUAAACAUGUUUGUCAAAUUCACUUUUUGUUUGUGACACUUUUACUCUAACAACAAUCAUGAGUGGUGGAUCAACAAACAUGUUUAUCAAAAGAAGAAUCCAUUUUAUCAAAUUGCUUUUCUGGUUUUUCGUUUUCUUCUUCUUUUUUAUUUUAUUAAAACGAAAUAUUGUUUCUAAGUUUGUUUAUAUUUUAUUUUUUACAAUAUACUACUCAAACUUACAUUCUUCAUGAAAAUCGACUCGGUCAAUCACUUCUUUAUCCUCGUAUUAAACCCUAUUUUCUAGCAGCUCCCUGGGGAACCCUGGAUAAUCCAUGGCUGUCGUCACUGUGGGAUCAUUUUGGGAAUAUA